AUGGACCUGGACAUCUCUUUGGGCGCGCGCGGCCUCGUCUCCCUAAGUCCGUUCACACUGGCAGGAGGCCUUCAGAUUGUGGUCGCAAGCUAUAGUCGGUUUAGCUCUUCCACCGGCAAGAUCUACGCAACGCCAUCCGACUUCUCGUGCCUCGCAACCUCCGCCCGCUUCACAUCACUAUCCGUACUCGUCCACAUGGCUGUGUUCUUGUACUUCUUAUGUCUUCCCACUUGCUUACAUAUGAAUGAAUUGUACAUGCUCGGCCGCCUCUAUCAUCGCGUGAACAUCUCGCUCUUUCUUCAUCUGGAUUCGCCGUCGAAGUUGCGCGCGCCUGUCAUAUUGCGGCCUAACUCUCGCUUUGGAGCUGCAGUGAUGGGAUUAGGCGUACGAGGAUAUGUUCGUGCACAUAGGGCCAGCUGA